UCCCCCUCUCUUUUUACAGACCUGUGUGCGUCGGCCAGACUCCCCCGAUGACCGGCACAUCAUGGCCAAACACUCCACCAUCUACCCGGUGGAGGAGGAGCUGCAGGCGGUGCAGAGGAUCGUCUCUCACUCCGAGCGGGCUCUGAAGCUGGUGUCUGACUCUCUGCUGGAGAAGGAGGAGCCACCUGUGGAGACUGAAGCUGCUGAGGAAGGAGACGAGAAGGGCACGGAGAGCUCUCCUCGGGUCCUGAAAGGAGUGAUGAGAGUAGGCAUCCUGGCUAAAGGCCUGCUUCUUCGCGGGGACAGAAAUGUGGAACUGAUCCUUCUGACGGCUAAGAAACCCACCAUCACUCUGCUGAAGAACAUCGCCAAGAAUCUGCCCAAAGAACUGCAGACAUUUUCUGAAGAUCAGUAUGAGGUGCAGGCUCACCCCGAGGAGGCCAACAUCGUGAUAUUUUCAAGCAAGGAGCCCAAAAUGCAGGUGACCAUUUCUCUCACCUCGCCGCUGAUGAGGGAGGACUCUGCUUCUGAGAAGGACAAGCAGGCAGGAGGAAAAGCGGCUGAGAAAGGUUAGAGAAGCCAAAGCUUUCAGUACCAGGCGACCAGAUGUAAGCGAUGUGUGUAAUAC